AUGGCGGUGCUGCGUGAUGUGGUUGCUGGUAGUGCCUCCACUUGCAUCUCAGAAGGUGAGAGUGCAGGGUCUCUAGAGGAGCGGUUGCUGCCCAUUGCCCAUCGCAUUGACUCCGGAGGGAUUGUGUUGAAGACUGAUUUCCUGAAUGUCGUUGCUCCUGCUCAAUCGCAUGAGCGCACACCACUCAUCCCGAGCAGUUUUCCGCUGCUGCAUGUCAAUUGUUUGAUCAAAGGUUCAGAUCAAAUGCCAGCUAUUAUUCAGGGUGAGGCCCAGUGGGUUAAUGACGACCAUCCCAUGCGCAGUGACGUUCUGUCGUGUCUGCGAACCAAAUGGAGUGGACUGCGUGUCACGUGGGCGAAGGGUAUUGAGCCAUCACUAUUAUGA